AACUGUUUUGUUAUUAUUUUUAUCAGAUAAGAUCGAACUUCACGUCUUUGUGUGCUCCGAACGAAAAGACAGCAGUCCCUGGUCCAUGUUAAAUCUCUCUUAUCACACUAUAGUCUUUCUUUCUCCAUGAAUCUACAGGUCUCGGAAAAGGGUACGUUCGAGUUUCCUAAAGCAAGGAUCGGACAGUGCACAGGAGACAUGAUAGAGGAAUGUUACACGAGAAAUAAUACAUACGGCGAAGAGGAUCUCCAGCCCUGUCAAAAUUCUGUAAACCUUCAAUUCGAGAGUUCAGUGCAGGAUGACGGGGUGGAAAAUAGCACGGAGCGUAUAUCCGAGAAAAGCCAGGAGCAGAUUACCGUGUCGCUAGGAAAUCCAGAAGAUCCAAACAGUUCCGAAUAUCAUAACUGUAAGACCACCAGAGCUUAUCAAGAGGAAGAGAAACGGGACUUGGUAAGCCGUAAAGGCCUUACACCGGUUACAAGACCACCUUGGAGCGAAAUGAAGGGCUUUGGGAAAGAAGCAGAUGCUAAGAAAGUUAGGAGUCUCACGUUGGGCAGAAUGGGAAAGAUGAUGAUGAUGCGAAAAUCCGGAAAGGAAAAAGAUUGCUGUGACCCAAGGCAAGGAAUGUCGGAACGUGCCCCGUCUGAUUUAUAUAAAGAUCAAAUCUCUAUGAAGGAGAGAGCAAACUCCCUUGGCAGGAUGCUGAAGCUUGUCGAUAAAGAUGGGGCGCCGAGAAAGCUCUUUUCGGAUCACAGGGCGGGAUCUUUGACUGGAAUUUUUUAUAAAAAGAAUAACCCAGCCACUGCUACUGUAUCUUCGUCGGAUCCACAGGCUCACUCGACCGGUAUCUUUGCCAAAGUACUCAGUCAACUACGAGGUCGUGGUAAGACACGUGGACAUCAUGGGAUGCCGGAAGAUAACACAAACAUGGAUGAAAACAAGGGUCUGUCCAAAGAAAAUUAUUUAUCACGCAAGUCAGCACUCGCCUCGAGGAUAAUGGGAAAUCUCACCCUGGGCGGAUCUAAGAAAAGCUGUUCCGGUCGAACAACUAACCCCGAGCAUUCUGAGCGUGACACGAAUUGAAGAUUCACUGGUCAAGAUUUGA